AUGCCCGUCACGUACCACACCGGAGACCUCUUCACCAGCACGGCCAAGCACCUCGCACACGGCGUCAACACGACCGGGGUGAUGGGCAAGGGCAUCGCCGUCGGCUUCAAGCGCGCGUAUCCCGCCAUGUUUCCCCUGUACAAGGCUGCGUGCAAGAGCGGCGAGCUGCUGCCCGGCGGCGUGCAGGCAUAUCACGACGACAAGACCAACACAGCUGUGUACAACGUCGCGACGCAGGACCGGCCAGGCCCGCACGCGCGGGUCGAGUGGGUGCACUCGGGCUUGGAGAGCGUCUUUGAGACGGUUGCUGCCGAGGGCGGCGUGCUCGCCAUCCCCCGUCUUGGCGCGGGCAUUGGAGGGCUCAGCUGGGAGGAGCAGGUGCGCCCGAUCGUCGUCGAGCUCGCCGCCAAGCACAACAUUGACGUCGAGGUGUGGAGCCUGGAGUGA